GGGACUGGAGAGAGAUGGGAUGGCGCUGGGUAGCGAUCCCAUGAGCUUGGGACGGCUGCAGAGGAUCCACAGGCACCGUGUACAGAACCGCACGUCCUGUGGUGUUGGGUAGCGUGCACCAAACCUCCCAGCCUCGCUGGUCUGUGUGAUUCAAGAAACAUUCGUGUGCACACACAACACUGACAUCUUUGGGGGAGAGGAAAGAUCUGCCUCCGGCCUCCCAAUUAGCACAGGCCUUGUUCACAGGUAGAAAGCGCUGUUCUUUGUUGCCUUUCUUCUCUACGGGAUGUGAUCGAGCAGCGCAGUAGGGGAGGGGCAGUCCCAUCGGGCUGACCGCAUGCAGGACCAAAGCCUGGUGCUCUAGUUUGCUUAGGGGCAGCGGUCCACAAUCCUCCUCGGCGCUUUGUAGUUUAAACAGCUUUGUCUCAUCCCAGGACUCUUAACAUCUCGCUAAUCACCGCUUUCUCCAGACGGCUAAUAAGCAGCUGCAGGCACAACACGGCUUCCAAGGAUCUGCUGGGGAGCUGCGCGCUCUGCUCGGAGGGGCGGACGGUGGUUAAAUAUUAGAGUUGGAGUGUGGAGGCUGCAUUUGGGCUUUGCAAGAUCUGCCUGGGGGUAGGAGGGGGUGUUCAUUUUGGGCCCGAUUUUAUCCAGUACAGCACAAAGUUGUUGGGUUUUUUUGAGUUUGGCUGACCACACGCGCUGCGUCUCCCUUUUGAUUGAUGCAGUCUCAUAAAGGCACACGUUGGUUUAUCAAACACCAAAGGACUGAGGCUGAUCUCUUUAAAGAUACUUAUGGGAUUUGGAGGGAUAACAUCCAUUUGUUUGAAGGGGAGCCAUGCGUCUAAAUCCCCUCAGUGGAUUUGAAGAUCUCAGCCUGGGUAAGGUAAGAAUGAGAGGAGAAGAUAGAGCCGCAAAGAGGCAGAACCAAGGCGAUAGUCAGACCGUGCAGCCUGGGGGGGGCAGAUGCUCUUAUUUCUCCACAAGUUACUUGAAUUCCCAAGAGCCGCUUACACGGGGGUUGCCAAACAGGUCACAAACCCUGUGCGCCCUGGGCCAGACUUUGACUUUGCCUGGGGUGUCUUAACGAAGCUUUGGAAAUCGGGCUCUCUUUCAAGCGUGUCGUAUGUUAGAUGUGCUCUGGGACGCGACAUGGUGCAAGUCACUGGCCCCAUUUGCUGUUGCUGCUGUAUUGGCAUGCUGGGCCCUUGUCGAGAAACCUUCCGGGCCUCCACAUCGCUUCCAAACGUGUGCUGCUACCGGCCGCCCAGGGCUCAGCAGAGACGGUUUCGCAGAGGCCCGUGUCAUCCUUGUGCAUCUGCUGCGACGAAGGCUGUCGCCCGGCUGACUUCACCAAGUUCCCGGCGAGUUUCAGUUGCCCCAACUUCCUCUGAGAUAAGUAAAGCUGAAUAAAUCCCUCUGCCUGCUACACCCAGCCCUUCGGGGGUUGGGCCUGUUGUUUUCAACCAGAAAAUUCCCCGAGACCAUCGCUAAACCCGGUGCUUUAAUUCUCUCAAGUGUUUUCCUGCUCGGCUUCGAACAGCUUGUUCUGGCAUUUGCGGUUUCCAGGCGUCGGGGAUGAAGGGAGAUUGGUUUCAGAGGCUUGUGUUUAGAGCAAAGCCAUCUGUUUGAGAGGGCUGCUGCCUGCUGCCCAGCGUCACCCACCUCCCUGCGUUACACCUUCCACCACAGGGCGCGGGGUAGAGUCGGUGACCCUGUUAAUCAGUCGUUGAAGAGGCAGGGUGAGGCCGAGAGCUAAUUGCUUUGACACCUCCUUUGGGUGGAAAGUACAGACAGUCGAGGCUUGGUGCGCUUGGAAGCACAGGAGAGGCUCAAUAGCUCUGACAGCUGCUUGAGUUGCAUUAGCAAACACACCUAGAGAUACUUGAACACUUCCAAGGCUGGGCUGUGUGAUCAUCACCUCCAGGCCUGCCCUGCCAAGCUCUCCCAGAUGGGAAGGAAACCGGCUCCCCCUUUGCUGUGCAGUGCCUUGAGGCUUUAGCCAGCUGCUCCCAGUGGGGCCAGGUUUACCACCGGGGAAGGGACGCAUCCUGAUCACGCGAAUACUAUGAAUUCCCCUUCUCUGGAUCCUCCUAGGCCUCUCUUGGGCUGCGUCACCGGCAGCAAAACUAGAAUCUGCCCUGGCACCAUUGUCCCCAUGUUCGUUAUGCAACCACCUUAAUUGGAGCUGAAAUAAUCUUCAAUCUGGGCUUCUCCAGCGCCGGCUGUCCGGGGACUGGGAGCUCUACAAGUGCUCCUCUGGCCUGCCCGCGUCUCGGGGACGUCAGCGAGCGUUCGGGUCUCGCAACCACCCGCUGCGCGCAGAGUCCCUGCAGGGAGUCAUCUCACUGAGUCAGCGGCCCCAGUUUGCCGGUCACCGUUGCCUGCCCGCUUCACAACAGCCCCAGUAGAAAGAGGCCUUUCCAGCCAAAGCAACUGUUUUUUUUCCCCCUUCAGAUGUUUUGGAAAUCAGUAUUUGCAGUCUCUCUCUGGGCUGCCACGGUGGCCCUCUCACAGGUAUCCCCACCCCCACAGGACUUUUGUUUUAUAUGCAAAAUUGGAACUUUUGGCACAAAACCAUUCAACUCGGCGUAACUUCAGGGCACAUGAUUCAGGGUAAAAUGAAACGUUUCAAAACUUGACGCCUUUGCCUUCAGAUUUGGAUAGUUUCUUAGUGAAGAGGCUGGGUGGUAACUCCCAAAUGGUCAGAGUGGAAAAUCUGAAAUUGCAUGGGUGUUUUUUGCAGAACUGGAUUGAUAUUGCAAAGCUGGAAAAAUACUGUGAAAUACUGUCAUUAAUCCUAAUCUCAUCAAAAGUCAUGAGCUGGCUCCACUGGGAAUGCUUUACCCCGGCUGUAGUUCUGUGUCGCCAAGAGCCCCAUGUCCAGGACAGCUUUGCCUUUUGAGAAGCAGGAAGAGUGGGGAGGCCUGUUUCAAGGCGGGGAUUGAAAGCUGAGCAGAGCAGGGUUGAAGUCACACGGCUGGAAAGAAACGGUGAUGUCUGGCAAGGGCAAAGGCAGAGGUGAGGGAGGGUAGAGCAAGUUCUUAGUAGAAGAAGUCUCCUUUGGGCAGGAUAUUUUUCUCCCAGGGACUUCAGUGAAGCAUUGGAAGUGAUUGAUGCUGAUUUAUGCAUGAUCUACAUGCAGCUGCCCCAGGUGCCAUCUCACCUGGAGCAUGCAGAAAUAGGGUGUGAUGGCAGCCUCUGGGCGUGGGUGUGGGAGGGCAGGGAGGGUCACCGUCAGAAAAGUUGUUGCCCAAAAAAGACAUCCCUCUUUCCUUCUGUUUCUCUUCUUCCCCGGGUGACGCUGGAAGCCCUUUCCAAACAAGUCGUGCAAGAAGGUGCCGGCCGGCCUUGCACGUGAAUUUGGCGAUCGUUAUUCCCGCUGUCUCUCUGCUGCAAGAUCUGGUCCCAAACGGAGCCUUUGGGUGAGACUCCUCUUUCCAGCGACAUCGGGGGGCAUCUCACAAAUAGCAUCCAGCCCUCUCUGCCUGCAGCAAAGCAGCACUGGUGACUGCAUGCAAAGGGCAUAAAGUGCCCUGGCAGCAAUGUUACCGUCAGCAGUCUAGUCCCAACACCGCCUGAGGGAUUUGGGUUGUGCCGAGAGCUGGGCAGGGGUCGGGUUUGUACGCGCAGUCUCAGUAAUGGUGGGUUUGAAUCAGUGCGGGGCUGGGCAGGGGAUAUUGUUUCUUUGCCUUUCUGAUGUCUCUUCUGAUGGAGAGAAGUAGGCGGAUGCAUUUGAUCCUUGCCAGGCUGCUCCUGGCAGAAGGAAAUCCUUGCUCUGGCACCUGCUCCCAGGCUGAGUUCAGUUCUUGGGAUGAAAUGAGCCCCCAGAGCCAUUCACACAUACGCUGCAGUCGUGCACACAGUUACAGUAAUAGAGUAAAUGGUGUUGCCCCUGUUAGAGAGGUUUGCUGUGCUCAGGGACCAGCAGCUGCCAUGCCACAGCCUUCCAGCUUGCCCAUGACGUUUCUGCCUCUCAUGCAGCUGAGAUGCUUGGUUCAAACCUUGCCCCGUCCAGCAUCCCGCUCCGCACUUGAGGUAGCUGGGCAGCGUUUGGCCUCUUGUAUUGUAGGGCCUGCGCAAUCUUGGUACCCAGAACAUGCGACUAUUUUCUAGUAAAGACCUGGACAUUGCAGUGCCCUGGGCCGUGGUGCCCUGGCUUUGCCAAUGUGGCAGAAUACGGCGCGGCCCGAAGAGAACAUAUGCAAAAAAAGGUCGUCUGCCUUGUAGCUCCUUCUUGGCAAGUCUUCCCUGCCAAGCCUGAGUUUGAUCUUUCUUGAGUUGAUGGAGUAGGAAUAAGUCCCCCAGGUACCAAUGCUGCUCCCAGACCAUCUAGCAGGGCUUGCUAUGGAGGCAGCAAGGGGCUUCCAUCCUCCUAUGGAGCCAGCCACCCCCACCCAUACACGCUGCAGUCACGAGUGGGGACCGUUGAGGUCUCCCCUUCGAGGAACUUUGAGGUUGGUUGAAAUCCUGCAGUAUUCCUUGCCGUCUCCCCAAUUCCUCUGGUCUGUAGCUACGGGGAGGUGGAGAUUAAGCGAGGAGACCUUUUCAUUGUACGUGGAGGUGUUCCAGGAAAAGCCCCACAUACCAACCUCUUGACACUUGUAAUCUCUGUAAGAAGCCUGCAGGCUCUCUGCGCUCCGGCCCUCCGGGACAAGGGGGCUUUGCAGAGCUAUUUAUCUGUGUCGGUGACAGCGCGGCUUUCUAAUGAAUGGCGUGAGCGCUGGUGCCUCUGCUGCCAAGGGGAGGGGAGUUGAUCAGGGCAGGGGAGGCUAAUUACAAGAUAGGAUGGGCUCCUGGGUGCAAUCAGCAGUUCAUUUAGCCUGGAGGAGUGGGUUGAGCGGUGGAGAUGGUGGCUCGGGGUCAGCUUGCCCGGCGCAGGCUGUAAUGAGAGCUCUCCUGAUUAGAGCACAGGUUUGGCGGCAGCGAGCGUAGGAGGCUGCCAAGAUAAUCUGUUCAAAGCGUGCAACUCAAUCCACUUCUGCACGGAGCCACUUCAUCCCCUGCUUCCACAGGGGAGGGGCAGCUCUUCCCUGUAAUGCUAAUAGCAGCCCAGGCCUUCCAGGAACGCCUUGGAGCGCUCUCGAGCUGCGAGAGCUCCUUUAGCUUGCAGGCAGCUCGGCGGUGGAGACAGCCUGCUUGGUGCUGUCCGCCUGGGCCUGGCUUGUCCUCACUGCGUUGAGUACGGGGUUGCGAGACCUGCCUACAGACGACUAAGUACCGCAGGGGCAUGCUGAGCCCAUUGCACAUGUCCGCACACUUGCGUGUGCUCCUUGUCUUGCUUGCAUCGAGGACGUGGGGCUUGGGCAGCCCUGUCCAGUGGUUAGGGCUGGGGUUAGUUAGAACUGGGGCAGGCGGGGCCCAUAGGUCGGGUGAUGCCAAGGCACCCAGGGCAGGACCGGAGGUGGCAGCCUUGGGUCUGAAGUCCGGAGUCACAGCCUGCAGGUCAGGAAGCAGAGGUCAGUCACCAGAGAUCGGCAUGGAGCGUGCGAUGCGGGGGUCCAGGGCUGGGGCAGGAACCAGAAGGGCAGCGGCUGAAGACAAAGCUUGGAGGGUCCAGGAGCAAUUUGGGGGCCAGCUUCAUGCAGUGGCCACAGGGUCGUCACCCCCCAUCUUCGCCCUUUUCUGCCUCCCUCUCUUCUCACUUGCAGGAACACAGCCCUUCUUCAUGAAGCACUAAGGUGGAGGCAAGACUCGUGCCUCAAAAUGCACCUGUGCCUGCAGCGAUGAGCUGGUACUACCCGAGAGGGGCUGCACCCCCUCAGUGCCCUUGGAAACCCAGUUGCCAUUGCUCUUGCCCAAGUCGAAGAAGCAAGGAUAAGGAGUUGUAAUGACAGAGAACUUAAAGGAUCUGGGGAUGGGCAAAUGAGCUCCCCCCAGUCCUGCCAGCCACCCACAAGCAUCAGCUUUGCUUUCCCAGAAAACUAUUCAAGACUUCUUGCACAAAAGCAUUGCAAUGGGCAGCAGGAGAGAUGGGGCCUGGAGAGCGAGCUGCUGUCCCGGGGUCUGCAGAGGGGAGCUUGUGCUUGCACCCUCCCUGCUCCGGGCACAAACGGAGGACUCCUCUCAUCUAUGCAAGUCUGCAGGAUUUCCAAGACGGCCAGUGCUGCCCCUUUUCCGCAGCACGGAGUGGACGCGGAGGCCGGCAUUAUUCUUCCCAACCGAAACGUUCAAGGCCGCAGCUCGUUUCCACCGGGUGCGUCCUCACAGCUCUGCGUGCGGCGGUGGUAACUAAGAAACCGGUCACCUCCAUGGCCCCGCGAGGCAGCCACAUCCCACGGUGCCACUUUCUCCCCAUCGCUCCCGCGUCACCGCCUCUCCGGCAGCAUCCCCGCAGCCCCUCUGAAUGGGACCCACCGGGCCCGGUGUCACGAAGAGCUUCCAUUCCCAAGGCUGAAAUGAAUGGGGAUAUUUGUGGACGGAGGUGGCUAUGGCCGCCUCCGUAACACUUCCGCGGUGCUGUCGGGUUGGCCGUAUGAUUCAUCCUUGGGGGCAAAUUUAACUCCAGCCCCUUUGUGGGUGGCAUGGUCGCUACAGGGAUCCUUUGUCUUGCACGCGGGGAGCAUGAAUUGGCCUUCUGAUCCAAGGGGCUGUUUCUGCACCUGCUUCCAGUCGAGCUGCCCGGCUCUCUGCCCAGAUGCUUCUGCCACAGCUCUUUAUAGGAGUUUUUCUCUUGACACCAGUAGGUUUAUUCAUAGAUUCAUAGAUUCAUAGAUGUUAGGGUCGGAAGGGACCUCAAUAGAUCAUCGAGUCCGACCCCCUGCAUAAAGCAGGAAAGAGUGCUGGGUCUAGAUGACCCCAGCUAGAUACUCAUCCAACCUCCUCUUGAAGACCCCCAGGGCAGGGGAGAGCACCACCUCCCUUGGGAGCCCGUUCCAGACCUUGGCCACUCGAACUGGGAAGAAGUUCUUCCUAAUGUCCAAUCUAAAUCUGCUCUCUGCUAGCUUGUGGCCAUUGUUUCUUGUAACCCCCGGGGGCGCCUUGGUGAAUAAAUACUCACCAAUUCCCUUCUGUGCCCCCGUGAUGAACUUAUAGGCAGCCACAAGGUCGCCUCUCAACCUUCUCUUGCGGAGGCUGAAAAGGUCCAGUUUCUCUAGUCUCUCCUCGUAGGGCUUGGUCUGCAGGACCUUAACCAUAUGAGUGGCCCUUCUCUGGACCCUCUCCAGGUUAUCUGCAUCCCUCUUGAAGUGUGGCGCCCAGAAUUGCACACAGUACUCCAACUGCGGUCAGCGUUUAGGGUCAGUUUACGGCGGGGUGGUGCAGGCAACUCCUGUAGCUAAGGAGAGACAACGCUGGUGUGUGCGGCAAGGAGAACGAGGCACUGGGCUAUGAGCCCCGUUGGCUGCAUGGACAGCAGGAGGGCGAUCUGGAACCCGUCCAGACAUGUGCUUCAAUCAGGACUUGCAUCAACUACUAACGGUCUCCAUUGGCCUGUUCGGGCUUGGGCCUCUUACCCAUCAUGCGAAGGCUUUUUGUGAUAUGGUGCCUGCUCCCUGCCACCUGGACUGAGACCAUCAGGUUUACUCUAUAAAAGCCCCCAGUAGCCCUCAAAUGCUAGCAGCUCCUAGCUGUGCCAACGGCUCGCUUUAUCGGUCUCCUGAGCUGUUGGUUUUCCCACGAUUGCUCUUUGUGCUGAUGUUCGGCAGUGUUCGCUGAAUGGGACCAAGCCCUACGACCCCCUGCACCCGGGGAGCCGUGUCUGGGGGGGAUCGGCUGGGAGGAGACCCCACAGCUGAGCCUUUGCUGGCACCUGUCCGUCUGGGUUGUACUCCUCUCCGCUCCUGGGGGAUUAGAGAUGCCAGCACGAGCUAAGGAGCCUCAUGUCUCGCCUCUGCCGGGAUGCAGCGGGUGGUACGUGAGCCCUAUGUACGUGCCGUGUUAUUCAGCAUGAGAAGCAUUUACCGGCACUGGAGCACUGUAUCCUCCGACCGAGCAGCGGAGGGCUAGCGCUGGUCCGGGCAGUGUUUGUAUGCUGGCCACACAAGCUUAUUUAGGAGUCUCUUAUCCUCACUGUGCUUUUAAUUUAUAUUCUUAACCUACUGCAUUGCCUUGAUGAGAUGGUCCUUGUGAGCGAGCGUGUCAGGAAGCGGUGCUCUCGGAAGAGGGGAUGCGUUGGUGGUUCUCCGCUCAGGGAGCUGCUGAGUUCGAAGGGCUUUGGCACCAUCGAGAUGGACGUGUGACAACAUUGUCUUCGAUGCUGCGGGUUUGCCCCCUUGCUGGCUGUCGUGUCCUGGUACAGCUAGUCCGCGAGCUUCCCGGGCUCUGUCUCUUGGAGCCGGGCCAAUGUCAUCCUCAGGCUUUUGUGCCCCCAAGGCAGGUCAUUUGGGAAAAAGACCUGGAGCCAGAACAGCUCCCUGGGGGGCCGUGCUCCUGAGCCCUGCUCAGGUCAGCAGGUGGGACCUCAGUGCACCUAAUGACAAUCAUUCUGCUAAUGAAGCACUUUGCUAACUUGUAAUUAAGCCUCCCCACAUCCAUCAUGUAGUUAGUGCAAUGGACGUUGCUACCUGCUGUGGUGCUGGCUAGGAUUUCAGAUCUUCAUCCCUCUAGGAAGAAGGCUUUGCUCUGGCUCCCCUCUCUACCCCCUUCUAUAAUCUACCCUGUCCUCGUUCCUUGUAAACCCUGCCUAAAUCCUAAUCCGUACCCCGCACAGCUUAGUAAAUCGGCGGAUUGCAUUUGAGAACAAGCAGUGUAAUGCAGGAAAAAUCCGGUGGAAAUUAAGAGGGAUGAAAUAGGGUUCUGUAGAAACCUCUCUUUGAAAGCGGAGAAAUCCCUUGGCUUUCUGCCCGUGCUUCAAGCCAUACGAUGGUACAGCCAGGAUGCACACGCUGCUCCGCAGUGAUCCUAAACCACCGCGGGAAAGGGUCGUUCCUUUUUAUUCGGUCCCAUCAGGCCUGGCAGCGGGCACCAGAGCUGGCGGCCGGCCGCCUGCUCUCGACCGAGCUGCUGCAACCAUCAGAUGAGCAGACUUUCAGCAACGCUGGGAUUCGGAAAGCUUCCAGUCCAGUGGGGUCAUGUGUGGAUUGAGGCACGUUAUCGCUGGGGUGGGUCACGGCCCAACCCGGUGUGAUCUGGGCUGCUACGGUGGGGAGAAGCAAGUGCCAGCACAGAGCCUGUGGCUUGAGGUCUCAAUUCGCUCUCGGCGGAGACGCUGGUAAAACCUCAGCAGGCAGCUCCCUCUGCCGGCCCCAUCUCCAUCCCUCAAGGCCGCGGGAAUUUUCUCUUCCCAACAGCAUUUUGUUUGAAGCCUCCAGCCCCCCCGGCUCAUCAGCACGCUUCACGGCGCUCUGAGCACUGCUCGUCCCAUUCAGACAGGCCUGGGACACCGGGACAGCUUGUCCCAUGCAAGCGGGGCUGGGUGAGGGUGCAAGCCCAGCAGCUCAUAAUGCAAAGAGCUGCUUGCCCCGCUGCACCUACCCCACGUUUCUUUUUACUCCUAGUUCCCCCGGUUCCUUCCAAGAGUUGCUCCUGGGCAUCUUAGGCGGAUCAGGUUUUGGGAGGUAGGACAGUCUGGUUCCUCCAGACGCUCAUUCUCCUUCCCCCCCUCUCCACUGCCUGCAAUUCAGAAUCAGGGGGCUCCUUUUUUUUCCUCCCAGAUGGAAGGGUGUGGCCAGGUGAUUCCCAAAAUGAGCCUCAGGAAGCUGUGUGUGCAAUAGGGCAGGGGAGACUAAACUGGUUCUGAUGGCCGUUGCUGGCAUUUCUGGAGCUGGCAGUCGGGGCCUGAAGGGGCAGAAGGACGGACAGGAAUGCUAGAUCUGUCCUGAGGAUCCUCCUCCCCUGGGGUGCAGGGUUUGUGCUGCGGAGAGCAAGGCCGGAGCUGCCUCAAUUCAUCUCUCCCGUUUGGUACCCAGUGUGUCUGGAGGUGGCUGCAGCAGGAAAUUCUCCUCAUCCAUUACCUGCUUUUUGGCUGCUAGCAAAGAGAAAGGUGUUGCUCAACUUGUUGGUCUGCAAGGGUCUUUCCUUGCCCCUGUAAUUCAGAUGCCGUUCCCCCUCGCUCCCCUUCUGUCGCCACUGCUGGAGGAGCGUCGGCAGCCUGGCCCCAGACGGAUGCCUGCAUCCUCUCUGGCGGUCGCUCCCUUGCUCCCUGUCUGCGUUCAGGUUGGGCUCUGCCGAUCCCCUGGAGAUCAAGUCCUCCGCUUCCUCUGAUUUCUUCUGAUCAUUUCUCUCGGGAGGAUUUCCCUGCCCCGUGCCUGCCUGGCUCCCUGUCCACGGUGCUUAAACAAUAAGCGGCGUUGGGAGCGGAUCCUCUAUUCGCCACAGGGGAUGGGGAACCAGAUCCUACAGCCCAAGGGGUGGCUAUUGCCAAGCGAGCAGGGAAGGGCCUGGCACCGCAGACCGAAGGGCUCCUAAAAGCCAUCUUCCUUCUUAGCUUCGUGUGCUCUGCUUGGGGAGAAGCUGCCGGACACAACUGCCCUUGUAUUUCCUGCAGGGAUGAUGUCUGUGCACCUACGCUCUUCGGUCGCCGUGCUCUGCCCGCAGGGCCCCGUCUUCAUGCAGCUCCCCGGGGCUUUCCCAAAGGGGCUGGUUCCUGUUCUGCGGGGGGAUCUCGCCCAUCAGCAAUGGAGACUCGCAGGGUGGGUUUUGCGCAAGGAGACGCAGAACGUUCCAGGGAAGCGGUGCAAAAAUUCGGAGGUUUUAAAGCGCCUGCCAGCCGGCCACGAGGGAAAAACAAAGGGCUUGAGUUGUGAAGACAGGCACUGUGUGACAUGAUCUGAAACGAUCACCCACGUACUUCUCCACUAGCCUGCAACUCAUGCUCAUCCUCCCUCCGAACCAGCUUUUAACAGCUCUAGUUCGGAAAACUUAACUUUUCUAUUACGGCACAUUUGUCUCUCUUACCCAGGUGCUUAAUUGCCAUUGUCCCAGCAAAAUGUCAGUGUGAGUCAGAGACAGUCUCCCAUUAGGAAAAGACAGAUGAAUAUUAAUUAAACUUACUGGUGGGUGGGUUUUCUUUUUUAUGUUUCCCCUGAGCCUGGCCUGGAGCCUGCGGCUGUGCAACCCUUGACCUGACCAGCUGCAAAGGCACCCAGUGGUCAUCUCGGGGCCAGCGGAGAAGGAAACCCUGCCGUGGGAGAAGAGGGUCCUCUCCCCACGGGCUGCGGCAGGAGAGAAUCUGCAGCAUUAAGUGAGUAAUAAGCUUCAUCUGCUCUAGGGACAGAAAUAAUUUCAUCUGCCCCUGUAACCAAAGGAAAUAAGCUCAUAUUAAGAAACCUUGAUAUGAACUGCUGCUCUCUGCGGGCCUAAGGGUUGAACGUGCAUUGCACUGGCUUUCCUGUUGCUGGUUUUGUCUGCAGUGCAGUGAAGCUGGUUCAAAGCCUAGCAGUUCGGGGACUGUCCGUGCCUGUUUGUUGGGGGUUCAGUUUAACGUCCACGCUCUCCACCCGGAUUCAGAUCCUGAACGACAUUCGCUGCAACGGAGCCUGUGCCGCUGAAUGGCGGUAGCAGGCAGCCGUCGGCUCCCGGGUCCCUUCCUCCCUCGUUUCUGAGCUGCGUGGUGCACACGCGUGUUCAAACAGGCCUUCCGUGUUUGGGGGCAGACGUUUGAAACCGGGCUUCUAUUUUUGCCUGCGCAAUUAUGUGUGGGCACCAUUGAUGUCAGAUUGAUGCUUGAGAUCUGAUACCAUCCAGGCAGGGAGCGAUGGAUCUCACUGGCAGCUAUUUCAUUUCCCGUAAUUGCCGGGGCAGAAUGAGAGGCUGCGAUGAGGCCCCAGCUCCGGGCCUUGAGCUGCGCACUUCAGUUCCACGGUGCCGUGGGCGGAUGCACUCAGUGUCACGGCGGAUGACGACGAUUAAUCAAGUCAGCGGGCACUUGCUGAGAUCCAUCUUGUCCCCAGAGCAUUAGUGAGAAAGAAGGGAGGACAGAUUUUUUCUGAAAAGAAAUGACUGGUGCAUCAGCUUGGGAGGAUUAGCUGGUAAAAGCCGUUAGCUCCUUAGUUAGGCAGUUGUUUUUCAGCAUUUGGUCAUCAGAGAUGGAUGGUCCUAUCCCAACGCCACCGACAUCUUCCCCUCCCGGUCUGGGGAGCAAAGGUGCUGAGCUCGCAAGGGAGAUGUCUCUAACUGCCUGGCAUCCAGGGCCCAGGCCCUUCUCCUUCCCUGGAAUAACAGCCCUCUUGGAGCUUGAGGGCUGGCACUGGGAUGGCACUCCCCCCCGGGUAAGGGGUCAGCACAGUGUGUCCGGCACCUCUCAGCAGCACGUAGCUGGGGUUGCUCCUCCAAGGGGUUUGGCCCAUUAGAUGCCACAUCUUCCUACCUUCCCUGGAUAGGCAUUUAGCACCCGUGUAAUUACAGCUGCAUGUUUCUUCCAUCCCUUUGGACCCUUCCCUUCCCUUCUUGGUGGAUUUUUGCAGGGGUUUGGCUCUGUGGGGGGACAUCUAAACCCCACGGAAGAGUUAAUGGACAGGAGGACCGCCUCCCCAGCUGCGGCUGCACGACUAGCAACAGCUGGGAGACAAAGCUGGCAUCCAAGCUGGUGGCAGGCGGAAAGGUUUAUGAGAUAUAUCCGGGAAGUUGCUUGGUAAGCAGCCUGGCAAGCAUCCUCCCAGGAGCUCCACGAGGGUGGGAAACUGGUGGCCAGACUCUCCCAGCCCCACGUGCUCUCGUCCACGGGAGCGUGAAAGGGGCGUCCAGGACACAGGCUGGAAUAGCCCCGUGGGAUGGCUUGUGAUGCAGCAUGUAGGUACUCACGCUGCCAGCAAAAGGGCAAGCCGGGCCAGCGGUCGUGUUUUCAAGACGUGCAUCUGGGGCUUCGGAAACCCUUCAUCUUCGGGGCGUAGGCCCACCUCCCAGAGGUAAAGGGCCUCCCUGCUGCUGCAGGGGAGAUGCAGGGUCUCGAAGGGUAAAGGGCAGUGCCCAGGGACCAGGUGUUCAGAGAUGCCCUGAUGCCAGCCUGGGCUCCCUGGAUCAGGGCUGGGGAUCGGCUCCGGGCCCUUUUCUGCCUCUCCCGUGUCCACCCGCUCCCUCUCCCCCUCCUCCACGCUCAUUGUACUCCCCUCUCUUUGUCUUCCUCCCAAGGUAAUUAUCAAUAGCUGGAUGUGCAGGGGAAAGAGGAGGUGGAGUGGGUGGUGGUGAGAACAUGCAGCCGAUCCGGGGCGAUGAAUAGAGCCCCGCGUUUCUCAGCGCGCGCAGGUGGAAGUGGUGGAACAAACGAGGCGGCAUCGGGAGGUCAAGGCGAGGCAGCUCCGAGCGCACAAAACACCGGGGGAGGCGAGAGACGAGGCGAUCGAGGAGGGCUGCGAAGCUGCCGUGCGUCCCCGCCACCUGCAGCCGCGCCGGCUCGGGGCUCCCUCUGCUCCGGACUCGCCUUGCAGAGAAGACAGCGGGGAGCGUCGCCGUCUGGAAGAGGCAAGUCUCGGGGCCUGCGAGGCCUCCUGUAAUCGUGACCAUGUGAGUGCGGACGGGGUCUGGUCCCGGGGACGCGUCAGGGGGCAGCAGGGAGCCUGCUCCUGGGGUUCCCACGUGGAAAUGCAGGUCUGUUUUACACCCUAGUUUGCAGGUGUGGCAUUUCCCUAGGUGUCAUGCGCUCUCUUGUCUCCUGUAGCUCCAGGGAGGCUUCGUCUCUGAGGCACCACUGAGCCGACCAAGUCUGUCUGGACCUUGGGAAGCAGGUGAGGGCAGGGCCCUGCCUCCUGUCUGCUCCGCAUUGAGCUUGGACGUAGUGCUGCGGAGAGGGUAGUGCCUUGCAGGCCUCAUGGCAGAUGCAAUAGGGUGCAAUCCUAGUGCCAUUGCUGGCGUGACCUCCUCUCUGACCUGAAGGGGCCAGGGCUGGGGAGGGUUGGUAGCUCAAAUGCCAGGACCUCUUUGUGUGCGACCGCGUGUGCAUUUGUGACGUUUGCAUUGCUCCACGACCAGCCCCGAGCGCCAAGAUUCCCGGGACGAUCCGGGGGUGUGCAAUGCCUUGUCUCUGCCGCAUCCCCCGUCGCACCGACGGGCAGGCCGGGAGCAUGUUGUGAGUGGAAGGUGCGUUCCUUCACCCCUGCGUGUGUGCAUGCGAGUGUGUGUGCAGUCGCCUCCUGCCCUGUACACUCUUGCAGCGAGCAGAUGCCUGGUGGGUGUUGUGCGGAGUUUGUGUUUCCAGGACUUGGGGAGGAAGGCAGCCCUGCUCGGGGCGGUGGAGAGGAGCCUGCUUGGUUCUGAUUAUUCACAGCCUCCGUGUGCCCCUAUUGGCUCCGGGGAGCCGUACCGGUGACAGGAGGAGGCUCCGUGUCAAUAAAAAGAGGGCAUGGGAACAGCAGGGCUGCGCUUCUGACGGGGAGCCAGCUCCGCUCUGCAGCUCUCGGAGUCAGGGGACGAGCAGCAGCUGCAGGCAGGGACUUCCCCAGGACCAGACCGCCCUGAAGCCCAGGCAGGAGACGCUGCCCGAGCUCACAACUUUCCAAGGGAGUCUGCAGCCCCCAGAAUAAACUUUCCCUUCAAGCGCAGCCUGGGCUAGGACCAGUGCCGGGGCUGGCUGCGUCCUCCAGGUAAGACCCCCUGGGGUGCUGCAUCUCCCUUACGCACACCCCUGAAUCUGGUGACUCGGGGGCCGAAUCCUUUGCUCCGGGCUUCACUUUUCAUUCCCUUGCAUCCCCGUGUCUAGCAGCGCCGGCGACUCGGGUAUCGAUCCUGUCCUUGUUUCCAAACAGCGCCGUGUUCUCAUGCCACCGACUCCGGACACUAACUGCUAGCUGUUCGGUCUGUUCAAAGACCUGCAAUGGUGUUGGGCGCUUCUGAUCCCCCCUACAUGUUUCCACCGCUGCUGUCUCUCGGUCUGUCUGUGUUUGUACAUCCUUUCCUUGUGCUUCACGGCAGUGCAGGUCCUGUAUCGUUUCAUCUUCCACAGGCUGACAGCAUUACAAAGAAAAAUUUCAGAAUGGACUUAAAGUGGGCUUGGGGUUAAAUACAGACCCCAGAUGCAUAUACAUCUACAUUGAAAUGUAUGUCCAUCCAUAAAUACUAAUCUAUAUAUAAAAAUGUAAAUCUAGGGUCUGUAUGGUCUACACAUGCACACGUAGUGUUGGUGUGUAUGUGUGUGCAUGUAAGACUGUUGCAGGUGUCAGUCAGGGCAAACUCUGCAGAGCCGUUGAAUUUUUUUCUGCAUUUUCGUUUUUGCAUCCGAGCAUCUUUGUUUCAUAAACCGAACCUGCCUGUAAGGCCGUUUCAGGUCAUCGGUAAAGACCCAAAUGCAAAUGCUGGAUACAGGAAAAGAUAUUUUUAUAAUAGAGCUAUUUAUAGGGUCCUAAGAAGUGUCCAAAAAGAUUGGAGCUCUUUGAGAAGGGACAAAUCGUGUCGCUUGGCUAGACCAAGUGGUGGGACAAGCGCACAGUGCCUCUGCUGUGCCUGCUCCGGGUAGAUCCACAGUGCUGGAUUGGGGCUAAGCAUGGUUAAGGAAAAGAUCUUCACUUCUCUUGUGCUUUUAACCGAAGGACUCCGCAGCCCUCCUCACCCCCCGAGUGAUGUGGUCAGUGUUGUUAUAAAAGAUCUCUUCUUGAAAUCACCUGCUGCAGCCUGCAGGCAUAAGGAAUCGGGACUCGUGGUAGAGGCGAUAUCUUUUAUUAGACCAACUAGAUUUUUGCAAAAAAAAAUCUUCAAUUGCAAGCUUUCCAGCACAAACCCCCUUCAUCAGGCAUAGGAGAAAAGAUUGUAAAAGUUCUCCUGGGUGCCUGGAUACUUGCUGCAGACAUUGCCUUCAUUUCCCUUCUUUUUCCACCUGUUUGUGAAACACGCUGUGGCGGGGCUGCUUUUUUUCCAGCUGCACGAGUGCAAUGUGCUGGGGAAAGGCCAGAGGGAUUUGGCAUCAACUUUAUUAUUUUUUUUUCAAGAAUUCAUCUUUGAGGAGAGACCAAAGAGGAAAUAAUUUAGCUCCCUGGGUGCCUGUUUCAUGAAGUUAUGAAUAGCUCUAGCUAUGUUAUAACUGAAGCGGUUUCGCAGCCUGGAAGCAUAGCACCCGUUAACAGCGUGUCAGACCGUCUACCCAAGCAGCUGUCUAUCCAGGGUGCACGCACUGGGGUGUGUGUGUGUGUGUGUGUGUGUGUGUGUGUGUGCACCCAUUCAUUAUUGCGUAGGUCCGCACUGGGGAGGGACCUUUGGGUGCUGGAGAGCUGGCGUGCUGAGAGGAGCUACAGGCAGGAUUGCCGUCACGAAGCCCCGGCCUCUGACUGCGCCGGGUGUGGGUGUCGUGUGCGGCAUGUUACACCGCAAGUGUCAGGGAAACGUUCUCCUCUCGCGCGGUGCUAAACGCUCCUAUAAUUUAUCACAUCUGUUUUCAAACAUCUCUGCAAUCAAUAUUCUCGCAGGCACGUCGGGCGGUGCCUGGCUUCUCCCCGCAGCUGGCAGGGCUCCUCUUCUGGUCUCCUCGGUGAAAUAUGAAAUCCAAUAAGCAGAGAGUCAGGAUUUUAAUUCCCUGCUCUUGUAGCUUAUAAGGUGCCUUAAAUCAUCCCGAGAGAAAUCAAUGAACGGGAGCGGAUUGCCAGAAAUGCCACAGAUAAUAGGGGUCUGUCCUCCGCCCCUUGUUUCAGAGCCAGCGUUCGUCACCGAGCCCAAGUGCAGAAACCCCUGGAGGGAGAAAAAGCCAGGCUCCAGGCUGUCACUCAGACCUUGCGUGAGCAGAUGCUGCUGCACCAAAGUCAGCAGAGAGGUACCUCGGUACCCGGGGCCCUGAGCCUUUGGGAAAGGAGGUAGAGGAGAAGCCUAACUCCUACCGAGGUGAAGGCUGCGGGAGUGGCAUGCUUACUGCAUGCUUUGCUCCAUGCCGGGGGUCUGCGUGAGAGCCAGGCUGCAAAUCCCCCUCUCCCACACCCUCCCCUGGGGCUCGGAGACCUUCACAGCAGUAACAGAAAUGUAGGCGGCUUUGCUGACAUCUUUCUGCCUUCCUCAGCAUACAGCAUCACUCAUCAUCACUCAGGAGAGGACGCAGGCAUCGGAUGGCCUGGGGAUAGAAAAGGAGCCGUGCGUGUCCCUGUAGCUGGCAUGUGGCCUCUGUGUCUUCCUUGUUCUUUUCUUCUUAUUCAUCCCCACCUUUUGUGUCCUCCUCGCAGGCGUUUCCAUACCAACCCUUCCUCCCCGUGUCUUGUGCCCUUUUUCUUCAUUUUCUGUGCAGAUCCGUGACCUCCCACCUUGCAGCUGGAAAGCCUUCCCGACGGGGCUGUUGCAAACCCCACCAGGUCUGGCACGGCUGGAGCUGCAUUUCCAGUUUUGCAGCUGCACUCGGGACAUUUUCUCUUAUUGGCUUGAUGGCGCCUCAUCCCCCAUUCCUGUUUCUAGCAACCCAUGGCAGGAGGGGCAGAGAGGGAGGGUGGUUUUGUGCUGGGAGGAAGGGAAAAACUCUUGUUCUCUUCCACGGGUUUGCUACGUGGCCUUCGGCAAGCCGGUCUCCCCAGUCUGUGCCUCCUUAGCCCACUUUGAAAAAUGUAUGCCCAGUUUCACAGGCAGGUUGUGAGGCUCCCUGGCUUCGAGAUCCCAGGUGGAAGAUGCUGCCUCCGCAGAAAUCAUUGUCAUCGUGCCACCGUUCGUUUACCGCGCGGCCCUAUCCCGGGUCCCAACCUGGUGGAGUUUGCAUUCUUUUAAUUUUGCACGCCCGGCACGUGACAAAUGCAGAUCAUCCCAAUUACAUUUCAAUUCAGCAGGAAUCAAUGCGGUAGCAACAGCAUUUCUUCAUCAGUCUCCGUGACCGCCCAUUAGCAGACACGGGCUGAGAAUAAAGCACGCUGCAGGUCUGUGAAAGGGCUCCAGCGCUCCUCGCUCGGCGGACACAAACACCUGCUUAUGAACACGUUCGGUGCAACGACCCCUCUCGCACGCUCUCUGCCACAGGCGAGGUUUCCUCUGCAUCCGGGGAGUUGAAAGUCCCUUACUUUAUUUUCCUCCUGAUAGAAGGGAAAUGGAGCAGGUGCCUUCCCUCCCCAGGCCAGCCGUGUUUCCUGGCUUGCUAACCCACCCGCUUCCCUAUUCUCAGGGGAAUCCAGGUGGCAGAAAGAUGUUAUAUCAAAUACCAGCCCGGUUGCUGCAACCGCAUGGAAGCCGGGGAAAAUGAGCGCGUGCUGCUGGGGCACCUUUGGUCUCCUCCUGCUGCGGCUUACCUCGUCUCUCGCGGGUGAAGGUGCUUGGAAGACGUGGCAGGAGGGGCUGGUUGCCCACCUGUGGGGGUGUCGGCGUGGAAGCCCUGGUGGGACGUAGGAGGAAGGGUGUGUGGAGAGUUUGCAAAGGAGGAAGCUUAUUGUCGAGGGGGCAUUAGCAGACAUUUGGAGAAGCCUUUCAGAUGCUUUCUGCACUUGCCCUGGAUGGAAAUCCCAACCGAGACGGCCGGUCUCAUUCACCAGUUCUAUGUGCUGUGGCCUCGACGCACCCGACUGCUUGGGCGUCGAUCCGGGCAGGAUGGGGGUGCCCAGCUGGCAUCUUAUUUCUUGAAAUUCGAUGAGGUCCCGAAUGGAGUUUGCUCCCCUCCAUCUCCAGGUCCUCCCAGGAGGUCAAACCCGGGGGUACGAAGUGUUCCCUGCAGCAGAGACCUGGGGGUGGCAGGGAUACAACUCCCUGGUGAUGGCAACAUGCAAGCCUUGAAUUCAGCCCUCGGCGCCCCUCCCCUGCCCCCCGCGGGUGAAUAGCUGUCCCCGAUUCCUAUGGUUUUCCUCUUCAAGGCCAUGUGUGCAAAGCAGUGAUUCAUCCUCUCCAAGCCACUCCAGAGCGCAGGGCUGACAAUGCAGCAGAGACGCGCGUGCUGCUGUUGAUUGAAAGCGGCUGCCCUUAGCACGGCGCACAAAGGCCUUUGCAACAGCCGUCUUUGAAUGGCUGCACCAGGAGGAGCAGGUCCCCGAGUGACUGCUCCAAAAGCUGGGGGGUCCAGCCUGUAGGGACCGAGCCGAGGAGGCAGGUCCCGGACGCACAGACGGGCACAGCCACCCCGGGAGCACCGAGACACGUGUCAGAAACCUCCAGUCGGGUCGGGGCUGCCCUAGGGGAGGGGGCAAAAGGCCAGAUCUUCAGCCAGGGUGGAGGCAAAUCAGCUUCUAUGGAGCUGGGCUUGACUGGCGUGGUGGGACCCUGGGUGACACGUGAGUGGGAGCUGGGGGUUUCGGGGCCUGCAGGUGAACGCGCGUUUGCAAGCCGGUGCAUGCACACACACGUGUGAUGCUCUGCUACUACUGGGCUGCAAGCUCUGGCUCUUUGCUCCUGCUAUAGCAGAGAUCAGCCAAGACACCCCCCUGCCACGCACAGCAAGGUACCACUGCCUCACACCCCCCGGGUACCUGGCAAGCAGCCGGGCUGCCCCUGCAGGACUCUUCGGGAGCCAUUUCCUGCACGUGCCGGGUGACCGACGUGCACAGGCUGUGCCAAGUGCAAGUGCAAAGCCCAUUUCUUUGUACAGUUAUGGCAAGUGCCUUCCCAUCUGGGCAGCCUAGAGCGAAGCUGGGCUCUCCUGAAACCUUAUCCAGUGCCUUACGUGCUGGCCCAUCUCCCAGCAGGUCCCAGAGAAGCCCCUUCAGCUCUCAGCAGGGUUACUCCAGUAGCUAUAGCCCUGCAGACUGGUUGCACUGGAGUGCCCAAGCACCAGCACCGAGAUGGGGCUGCCUCUGCUCCCAGCUCCUCUCUGGCUCAGGGAGCCCUGCCAGGUUCCCGCAGACCCACGAGAUGGGCAAAGAGGGGCCCGUUCCCUGGGUUUGUGCUGGAAGCGCCCACGUCCCGCUGCCUGGGGUGAGAUGUAACCUGCCUCUCGCGGUCUCCUGUCUCUCUCCCCGCUGCAGGAGGUGCUUGCUGGGCAGAAUGGAGUGGCGGGUGCUGGUGCUGGCCGCCUGCUUGGGCUUGGCUGACCCGGCCUCCGCGGACUGUGCCGCCCAGUGCUCCGCGUGUGCCACGCAGACCCAGGAUGCAGAGCAGAGCAUCAACCCACUGAUCUGUGCGCUGGAGUGCCAAGGCUCCUUGCUGUCGGGCGCCGAGUGGGAGAAGUGCCAGGGUGUCCUGUCCCUCUUCACCCCCUUCCUGGCAGCAGCGGAGGGUCAGGACCCGUCCCCACUGGAGGCGGAGGCCGACGGGAGCCCUGGCCUGGUGGAGACGUCCGGCGGCCCCGUGAAGCGCUACGGUGGCUUCAUGAAGAAGCUGGACAAGAACAAGAUCUUCUCCCUGCUGCGCGAGAACGCCCACAGCAAGGGCGGUCUGCACAAGAAGUACGGUGGCUUCUCCCGCAAGCUGGGCGAGCGGGAGGCCUUGGAGAUGCCAGAGGACGACCCGGCGCUGGAGCCCGGGGACGAGCCCGAGGAUGGGGGCCUCAAGGACGAGAUGAAGCGCUACGGCGGCUUCCUCCGCAAGUACCCCAAGAGGAGCUCGGAGCAGGCGGCCGAGGGCGACGGGCCGAAGCCGGAGGACCUGCACAAGCGCUACGGCGGCUUCAUGCGCCGCAUCCGCCCCAAGCUCAAGUGGGACAAUCAGAAGCGCUACGGCGGCUUCCUGCGGCGCCAGUUCAAGGUGACGACACGGUCAGACGAGGACCCCAGCAUCUAUUCGGGGGAGGUCUUGGACCUAUAGAGCCCCCCCCCCCACCUCCCGCCACCCGAAACAUUUCCUGUAGGGACUGCAUCGCUCAUCCCGGCCCGUGUCCCCCCGCGCUCAGCCAGGCAGUGCAGGUCUCCGUAGACAGAGACGGUCACCACCCAGCUGCUGCUUCCCCAAAGAGCCAGAGGUUUAGGGUCGGGCGGGGGCUGCGUCCUGCAGCCUUCCCCGCAUGGGCUUUGUCCGUCGUGGUUCUGGGAUUGGGAUCUGCCUCCAUUCCCAGCACCGGACAGGCAGCCCCAGACCUGGGUUGGUUCCAGUCCCUUUGCCCAACAGCUGGUCCACACACCUCGCAGUUGUUAGGAGAUGGCCCAAGCCAGCCCACCAUGCCCACCUGUGCAACACCCCGUGCCCGGGGAGAAGUGUAGGCCUGUGUCGAAACCCCCGGGGUGACCCCUUCGGUUUAUAGCCAGUGCACCAGGUCCAAAUGCCCCCAGGCUGGGAUGCAGCUCCAGGUCUGACCCACCACGGUGUCCCCUCUGCAGAGGCCCCGAGCACCGGUGCUGCAGCUCGCUUCAAACACGGAGCAGUGGCCUUGCCUGCUCUUCGUCCUCCUUGGCUCUAUUUGCGCCGUUCCCUCUGCUCAGCCAGGCACGAUGCUCGUGCUGCACUUGUGCACGCUGCACCCCGCUCUGCGUCUCCGAGGGAGUGGGUUUGUCCUCCGCUGACCUGAUGUCUCUCCAGCUCCAUUGCAGCCGCGUGGCUUUGCCAGGCACCAUGAUGGAGGGAGAACAAAGGGGUCACCUUCUUGACACCCUGAUUCGAUCUCUGUACUGCUGCCCCUUGGGGGAGGUCUCUGUGCCCAGGCAUGGAGCGAGGGGAAGACGUCCUGCUGCUGGCACUGCCCUAUUCUUUGUGCCCCGGUGAGGCUGGCGCACAUGGGAUCAGAGCUGCUGGUAAUUCGGCGCCACUUUGAGUGUCCUUCGCAGUCUCCGUCCUAUUGCGCACACUCAGAGGGGAUGCUGCUCGCACAGAACGAAGCCCGGGGGCCAGCGCUGAAAGCCAGGCUUGUGGCCCGAUGCUGCACGCCGCUCUCCUCCCGUGAGCUCCGAAAUGCAGCCGGCCCACAGAGACCCCCACGAUUUGGAUGGGACAGUCGUAUGGCUCCAUUGCAGUCCAUGGGGUGAGACUGGGGCCAGUUUGCCACGGGAAAGGGGUCAGGAUCCAGCUGUCUGAAGGGCUUACCCCAGGGGGUCACUCUGGCUGGGACGGGAAGGGGUAGCAGGGCAUCUCCAUUUCCCCUUGAUAACGGGCAACGCUGAGGAGAUCAAGAUUCACGGAAGCCCCCUGGCAACGGGGACCGCCGAGGUUGGGGUACCGUGGGGCCGCGCUGCCUGGCUGAGCCCCUGCCACCCCCCGCAGUCGCUCGCUCCCUUGUGCUGUUUGUGAAGCGUGCAGGUCGCCGGAGUCUGCCUCCGGUCCCUUUUUUUUGUUAUUUGGUUUACAAGAAUCAAUAAAUACCGAUGUCGUUA